AUGGCCCGCGGAAAUCAGCGAGACCUGGCGCGCGCCAAGAACCUCAAGAAGGAUGCCAAAGCCAAAUCCGGCAACCAGCUCGACGGCUACCAGCUGGCAAAGGCAUCCCUCAGCAAUGCCGAGAUCAUGAGGCAGAAGCAAGCCAAAGCCGACGAGAAGAGGCGAGAGCAGGAAGAACAGGCGCUGCGGGAGAAGAAGGAGGCAAAGGCAAAGAAAUGA